UCGGGACAAAAUCUUUAUUAGUUAUAAUCUUAUAAUGUUUCGAAAACUUUGAUCAUUAUCAAAACAACUCUGUUUUUUACCAUAAAAAUUUAAUAAAGAAGGACAAAAAUAUAAAACCCACAUUAUAAAGCGGUGUCAAAAUAAAAACCCAAGUGCAAUUUAUACCCAAAAAUCAUACACUUUUUGGUUGCAAUUUGGCUAAGAGUUUUUGGGUUUUGGAUUCUCUCGAAGAUUAUUGUAUAUGGAGAAUACCCAUCAAAAAAUUUAAUUCAGGUGGAUUAUAGAUAAGUUAAUGGGGGAUAGUAUAACGGAAAGUAGGGGCCAAAAGCGAUCAGAAAUCCCUGAAGAAUUGCCUGCAGAUAAGCGGGCAUGUAGUUCUUUGGAGUCUAGACCAAGUUCAUCUACUGUGAGCCCUGAAACACUUGUUGAUUCGACUACUAGAGCUUUCGAGAUGCGUGAAGGUGAUAGGGAGACUUCAUCUUCAUCAGCUUCGGCCUCUGGACAUUCAGAGGGUGAUGGCGAGAGGGAUUCUCCAUAUGGGUCUUGUGAUUCUGAUGAUAUGGAUGAUGAUAAUGAUGAUGAUCAUCGAUUUGACAGUCUUCGCGAGAUUCAACGUAGUCGAUCACAUAAUGACAGCACAAAAUAUGAUGGAAUAAUGUGUAGUUUGAGUAAUGAUGCUGAACCUUCUGGACAAUUAGCAUCUUUGACUGAACUGUGUGAACUUCUUUCAUUUUCUACUGAAGAUUCAAUAUCGAGCUUGCUAACUGAUCGAUUUGCUUCUGCUCUUGUUAAGUUGGCAAAGCAUGAGGACAAUCCAGAUAUUAUGCUUUUGGCUAUCAGGGCUUUAACUUAUUUAUGUGAUGUUUUACCACGGUCGCCGAGUUCACUUGUAAGGCAUGAUGCAGUUCCUGCUUUGUGUCAGAGAUUGAUUGUCAUUGAGUAUCUUGAUGUAGCUGAACAAUGUUUACAAGCAUUGGAGAAAAUAUCUCGUGAUCAGCCACUUGUAUGCCUGCAAUCUGGAGCGUUAAUUGCUGUUUUAGGUUAUAUAGAUUUCUUUUCUACUACUGUACAGAGAACUGCACUUCGAACUGUUGUCAAUAUAUGUAAGGCGCUACCAUCUGAAUGUCCUUCAUCUGUCAUGGAGGCAGUUCCCAGAUUGUGUGAUCUUUUGCAAUAUGAGGAUCAGCAGCUCGUGGAGCUUGUAGCCACUUGCUUGAUCAAAGUAGCAGACUGCGUGAAGGGUUCUCCUGGGAAAUUGUCUGAGCUUUAUGGUCAUGGGCUUAUUAAUCGAGCCACGCAUCUCAUAGACAUUAACAGUCGAAUCACUUUAAGCCAAUCUACAUACACUGGUCUAGUUGGACUAGUUGCCAAAAUUGCAUCUGGAUCAGCUGAUGCUGUUAGAAGUCUUUUCGAGCUGAGCAUUGGCAGAAUUAUGAAGGAUAUUUUGUCAAAUUCUGAUGUUUCUCAUGGAACACCUUCCCCUCGCAUAGUGGACAACAAUUGCACUCAGGUGCAUGAAAUACUGAAGUUGCUACAUGAGCUGCUUCCUGAAGUAUCCAGAGAUAAGAAGGAAGAAAUCUUGUCAAGCACGGAAAGAAUUUUGUUAGAUCAGCCUCAUAUACUGCAGGAGUUUGGGUUGGAUAUUCUUCCUACUUUGGUGCAGGUGGUUAGCUCUGGUGCAAAUUUAUAUGUCUGCUAUGGAUGCCUUUCAGUUAUCAAUAGAUUAGUUUAUUUCAGCAAUCCGGAGACUCUUCAGAAAUUGUUUGAGGGUAUUAACAUUGCGAGCUUUUUGGCAGGAAUCUUCGGUGGAAAAGAUCAUCAUAUUCUGCUAUUAGCUCUACAGAUCACUGAGACGGUCCUGGAAAAGCUUUCUAAUAUCUUAAUGCCUUCUUUCAUCAAAGAAGGCGUUCUCUUUGCAAUUGAUAACCUUCUCAUGCCAGAUAGUUGUUCACAGCCAACUUUUCCCAUGAUCAACAGUAACCAAAGUAAAAAGAUUGCUGGGAGGGAGGUUAUGGGGUGCUUGUGCUAUACCUAUCAUACCGGGCACUCGGACUCCACUUUAGAUUCUAAAUCAUGCAAGGCUAAAAAAGAUUCUGUUCAUAGCCUUGCCGAGCAUAUGAAGAUGAAGUACUUCGUUAUAGAACCACAUAGUUCUCAAAGCAUGGUGACCGAUUUGCUUCAGGACCUUAGGAAUGCCUCGAUAGCAAUAAAUGAUCUUCUAAACACAUCCCCAGACACUGAAGCAAGUGCAAACAGUGAAGAGAGACUCUGCUCUAUUUUGGAUAAAGUCAUACUUCAAGUCGGUGGAAGUGUACCUGUCUCAACAUUUGAGCUCAUAGAAAGUGGUAUCAUAAAGGCAUUAUUAAACUACCUAUCUAAUGGUCAGUUUUUAAGCAGCUCCUAUAUUCAUAAUGACCUAAGUCAUGCUUAUGGUGUACAAAAGAGAUUGGAGGCCUUUGCAAAAAUAUCUUUGUCUUCCCCUGAUCCAGCCUCACAAGACUUGCCUUUAUUACUGCUAGUGAGAAAAUUACACAGUGCCCUAUUGACUGUGGAAACAUUGCCUGUUAUAGCAGGCUUUCCGACCAGGCAAAGAGGUUCUUAUGCAACUGUUCCUGGUGGACGUUACACUGCAUAUCCAUGUCUCAAAGUUCGCUUUGUGAGGGGAGAAGAAGAGUUGUGCUUGGGUGAGUACUCAAAGAAUGCUGUGAGUGUUGAGCCUUUUUGCCCUGUACAGGAAAUUGAACAGCACUUGCGGUCCAAAGUAGGCCAAGCAAAGAUGGAGUCCUCAGAAGCUAGUAUUCAGGCUACCCUUGAAGAGAAAACUAAAUCUAUUCAAGUUCCUCUCGUUGCUGCAUCCCUUCCAGACAAAAGUGCUGAACAUCUGGGAUCAGGGAGCACAUGCACUGUUUUGCCUGAUCUGCAGCGAAGUGCUCAUCGUAUUAGGAUAUACUACCUGCAGGAAGAUGGAGAUGAUAGAUCACAUAGCUCAGCAAUGGACAUAUCUGAUUUGGGAGGGACGACAGUUGUUGGAGCAGAAGCAACAAGUGAAGUUGAAUCUAGAUGUCCAGCAGAGGAAAUGCAGGCAUCAGAUGCAACUGAAAACCUGAUAGAAACUAGCAGCACUUCCCUAGGUGCCGGCGGUGACAAUGAAAUUAGUAAGAAGAGCCAUUCUAGAGCAUCCUUCAACAAUGUUGAAAUUCCAUCAAAGUUGGCACUUUACCUUGAUGGUGAGCAGUUAGAAUAUUCGUCUACCUUAUACCAAGAAAUCCUUCAAAGACGAUUAAAUGGUUCCAAAUUGUGGAGUUCUACCUACACUGUAACAUAUAGGAGAGUAGCAGGAAACGAGACGAGCAGUAAUAAGGAGGGUAGGGACAUCUAUGACAAUUGCGUAACAGAUAAAGUUUUUCUACGCCAGCAGGUUAUGCCACUUUUCUCCAGCAUAUUUGCUCAUGGAUUUGGUCCUAAGUCGAACUUGUCAAGUACUUCAAGUGAUAUUUUAUUGCUCCUCAGAAGUUUGGAAAUGAUGAACAGGGUUUCGUAUCAUUUGGUUUCUCAUGAAAGAAUGAAUGCUUUUGCUGAAGGUAGAUUAGACAAUUUGGAUCUGUUGAAUGUGGCACUUCCUACACUGUCACAGAAUGAGUUUGUGAGCAGCAGAUUGACAGAGAAAUUAGAACAGCAGAUGCGGGAUCCUUCAGCUGUACAUGUUGGUGCCAUGCCAUUGUGGUGGAAUCAGUUGAUUGCCACAUGUCCUUUCUUAUUUAGCUUUGAGACAAGAUGCAAGUUCUUUCAGUUGGCAGCAUUUGGUAGAGUGCACAUCUUACCUAGUAGUAUGUCAUCUCAAAGUGAUGCAAAUUCAUCUAGAGAUAGGAGAGCUUCUGCUGGUAGUCCACCUCGUAAGAAGUUCAUGGUUUGUCGAGAACGUAUUUUAGAUUCAGCUGCUCAAAUGAUGGACACCUAUGCACAUAAGAAGGUAGUUAUUGAGGUGGAAUACAGUGAAGAAGUUGGUACAGGUCUUGGUCCCACACUGGAAUUUUACACAUUAGUGGGUCACGAGUUCCAAAAGGCUGGGUUGGGUAUGUGGAGAGGUGAUUAUAUGUCACCUACUAACAGUUGUAGCCAGCAGGGUUCCGGUUCCAGAUUUUUGGUUACCAUUUCAGGACUUUUUCCUCGCCCUUGGUCACCGGCAUCAAGCAACAUAAACGGGGUAGAGUUUUCUGAUGUUAUUAAGAAGUUUGUCCUCCUAGGGCAAUUUGUAGGCAAGGCUCUUCAGGAUGGAAGAGUUUUGGAUAUUCCUUUUUCCAAAGCAUUUUAUAAACUUGUUCUGGGGAAGGAACUCUCUCUGUGUGAUGUUCAAUUAUUUGAUCCCGAGCUCGGAAGAUUUUUGCUGGAGUUUAAGGCUCUCGCCAGCAGACAAAAACACGACGAAUUUGCUGGUGAGCAAACUGUUGUGCGUGCUGAUAGUUCGAGGUUCCGGAGUACGAAGAUUGAAGACUUAUGCCUUGAUUUUACGCUCCCUGGUUAUCCUGAUUAUGUCCUUUCCUCUGGGAUGGAUGAUGUGAUGGUCAAUAUCAAUAACUUGGAGGAGUAUAUUUCUUUAUUUUUGGAUGCUACAUUACAAACUGGAGUAUAUAGACAAGUGGAAGCUUUUAAAUCAGGAUUGAAUCAGGUAAUAUCGGAUAAACAUCUUCAAAUUUUUACUGAGGAGGAGCUUGAGCGAUUGCUCUGCGGAGAACGCGAUUCUUGGCUUUCGGGUGACCUGUUUGAUCAUAUCAAGUUUGAUCAUGGAUAUACUGCUGGAAGUCCUCCAAUCAUCAAUUUCUUGGAGGUUAUCACUGAUUUCACCUAUGAGCAAAGGCGCGCUUUUCUCCAGUUUGUGACUGGUGCUCCCCGGCUAGCUCCUGGCGGUUUGGCUGCUCUUAAACCAAAGCUAACAAUCGUGCGCAAGCAUUCAAGCAACUGUCCUGAUUCAGACUUGCCGAGUGUGAUGACAUGUGCUAAUUAUCUGAAGCUACCCCCAUAUUCGUCAAAGGAGAAAAUGAAAGAGAAGCUCUUAUAUGCGAUAACAGAAGGGCAAGGUUCAUUUCAUCUGUCAUAGUCUGAACAAGACAGGUGUGCUUAAACUCGUGGAUUUGUAAUUAGAAGGUUAGACUAGAAGUCAUGCUGUACAUAAUAAGGAAGCAAGGAUGACAUAAUGGUUGAAAGAGUAGCUGAUGACAAGAUACGCAGCAGGAGAAAGAUAGAGAAUGACCAUUGUUGACAAAACUAAACUUUGUACAUAGCAGGUACAUAUAUUAUGAUCUAGUCAGUUUUAGGAUUUGUUUUUGUACAGGUAGGAGUAGAAGCGUUUUACUAAUGUCACUUUUUAUGUUCUUUCUCAAAUGCUAAUCUUAAUUCUAGUUAUUGCUGAUCUAUGGAUACGAACAUAUGUAUAUAUAAUAUAUAGAAGAUUUAUGUA